CCCCUCCCGCUCUUUACUAGCACUACUAACGAUUACAAGUUCGCAAUGCUCUACGCAAAGACUUUUGUCGCUGCCCUCCUCGCAGCUGCGGCGCUCGUCCAGGCCGAACCCACCCCGACGUCCAGCCAGUCGAUCAAUCCGCAGGGCAUUGCGCUGAAGCCGGUGGAGAAGAGGGCCCCCAGCCCUAGCGUCGACCUGAGCCUGAGCAAUGCGCAGAGACUGGCAAGGGGGCUGCCCCCGCGCAAGCCGAAGCGCCGCGAGCGGAAAAUAAACCCCCGCCUCGCUGCUCGUGCGGCGGCUUCCCCGUGCCCGUCCACCACCCACUCGGGCGUCAUCCAGGUCACCAACGCCGGCACGGGCGCGGCGAUGGGCUACCUCCCGCGCACGUACAACGUCUUCGGCGAGUACGGCGUGACCACCGACCCGUCCGCCGCGCUACACCUCUCCUUCGGCACGUCCUCCUGCGGCGGCAGCCCUGCGCCGACGAGUGGGAGCCAGCUCGACAUCCUCACCACGAACGGGCCCUCGAGCACGUUCCCGUACCUCGUCCUCAUUUCCGGCUCCGCGAGCACGGACGCCGACUUCCGCCCUGGGUCGACGAACUACGCCUACGUCGGUGGUGGCACGCAGACCCCGCCAGGCUCGCCGGCGGUGACCGCGCCGAACUCGUUCAGCGCGACGACGGGCAUCCCCGAGGGCGUGCAGAGCGCAGUGUGGGUGUACGACGCUGCGAGCGGCGCGAUCAGCGCGCAGUGGGUGAAUACCGAUCGCAGUGCGUGUCUCCUACUCAUCCUCUUCCCUUCCCUCCCCUUCCAUCCCAUCCCAUCCCUUCCGUACACCCGCACGCCGGCGACGCGCCUGCUGUACGCACCGUCUGACAACGUGAUCAUCGCCGCGGGCGACGUGCGCGCGUUCGCAAGUGCGUUCGGGCAGGGGACGGAGGUGACGUUGAAGUUCGUUCCUGAGGCAACGGUUGUGGUUUAUUGAGGGAAGGAGGAACGAGGGAGCAGUGGCUCGCAUGGACUUGCUACUUACACAGUGCGGGCUGGUUUGGCUGUGGGUGCUUGCUUCUGUGGACGAUACUAUGUUACAGUGAACGGACGUAAUGCGUACCAUACUUGGCCACAGUGUAAGCGUACGAAGGACGCUGCGAUCGAACAUCGAGGGG